AAUGUAAUUCCCUGCCCUGUCUGGUAGGAAUGUGGCGCCAGACUAACCGGGCGAACAUAAACAGAUUCAUGACAAUAACCAUCAACUAGUCUCUCGCUCCCUUUGUUUUAUCGCAGAUCAAUAAGAGAUUUCUCUUUGUUACUCCAACCUCAGUUGAAAUAACCUUAUUCAAGGAAGACAUGCCGCGCACACGACAGAGGCCUUUGACUGGGAGUGUCUCUGAUGGAACUGAAGACUCUGAUUCCUCUGCUGAGAGAGAACAGACCAACAGCUCUGAGAGCGAUGGAAACAUGCCCAAGAGACAACGCCUCACCAGAGCUUCUACCCGCCUCAGCCAGAGCUCCCAGGAUACUCCAGAUCUGAAGCGCGCUGCGGAGCACGAUGAAUCUCCGCCGCUCACACCCACUGGAAAUGCCCCCUCCUCUGAGUCCGAGCUGGAUAUUUCCAGCCCCAAUGCCUCUCAUGAUGAGAGCCAGUCCAAAGAUCAGGCUAACAGAGACUCGGAUAAGGACCUCUCCCAUCGUCCCAAGCGCCGGCGCUGUCAUGAAACAUACAACUUCAACAUGAAGUGUCCGACACCCGGGUGUAACUCCCUUGGUCAUCUCACGGGGAAACACGAGCGUCAUUUCGCCAUAUCGGGGUGUCCCCUUUACCACAACCUGUCCGCUGAUGAGUGCAAGGUGAAAGCCGUCAGCCGCGAAAAACAAGAGGAGGAGUUGAAGACGCAGGACGAAGGCAAUUCACGCCACGCAACCCGUCACCAGACACCUACACCAAAACAGAGCAGAUACAAGGAGCAGGUUGCUGAGAUGAGGAAGGGAAGAAACUCUGGCCUGCAGAAGGAACAGAAGGAAAAGCACAUGGAGCAUCGGCAGACCUACGGCAACACCAGAGAGCCUCUGCUUGAGAACAUCACCAGCGACUAUGACCUGGAGCUGUUCCGAAAAGCUCAGGCCCGCGCGUCUGAAGACCUGGAGAAGCUGCGUAUCCAGGGUCAGAUCACGGAGGGCAGCAACAUGAUCAAAACCAUCGUGUUCGGACGCUACGAGCUGGACACCUGGUACCACUCGCCCUACCCUGAGGAGUACGCACGCCUCGGUCGCCUGUACGUCUGCGAGUUCUGCCUGAAGUACAUGAAGAGUCAGACCAUUCUCAGGCGGCACAUGGCCAAAUGUGUGUGGAAGCAUCCUCCAGGAGAUGAGGUCUACAGAAAGGGCUCUAUAUCUGUCUUCGAAGUGGACGGCAAAAAAAAUAAGAUUUACUGCCAGAACCUGUGUUUACUUGCCAAGCUCUUCUUGGACCAUAAAACCCUUUACUACGAUGUGGAGCCUUUUCUCUUCUAUGUGAUGACGGAGGCUGACAACACCGGCUGCCAUCUAGUGGGCUAUUUUUCUAAGGAGAAGAAUUCCUUCCUGAACUACAACGUGUCCUGCAUCCUGACGAUGCCGCAGUACAUGAGGCAGGGAUUCGGCAAGAUGCUCAUCGACUUCAGUUAUCUGUUGUCCAAAGUGGAGGAGAAGGUGGGCUCACCAGAGAGGCCUUUGUCUGACCUGGGCCUCAUCAGUUAUCGCAGCUACUGGAAGGAAGUGUUACUCAGAUACAUGCACAACUUUCAGGGCAAGGAGAUCUCCAUCAAAGAGAUCAGUCAGGAAACUGCAGUGAAUCCAGUGGACAUUGUGAGCACCCUGCAGUCUCUUCAGAUGCUGAAGUAUUGGAAAGGAAAGCACUUAGUACUGAAACGACAGGACCUGAUUGAUGAGUGGAAAGCUAAGGAGAUCAAACGAGGUAACAGCAACAAAACUAUCGACCCAAGCUCGCUAAAAUGGACCCCUCCCAAAGGGACAUAAGCACAAGAUCCUCAGGCUACGGAAAAAUAACCCCUCACUCACUACCAGCCUCGAAAACCACAAGUAGCCUAAGACCUUUGACUCGUCAAUGAAGAUCAGUGUUACGUUUCUUUUACAUUUGUAUUCAGAUCAUUUCCCUGCGUCUUUUAUUUUCCUUCAUAUCCCAGCAUCAUAUGCUAAAGCAUUUAAAGCUAGAGAAAGCUGUUUUUGGUUUUAAAAGGGCCUUUGUCUACUUUGUUGUGAAUGUUAGAUGGAAUGAUUUAGUUUGGUGGAGAAACAUGAAUGUUGUGCUUUGGUCACAAAUGAAUUGAACACAUACAGACAUUCGGCAGCAUUUCCAGGUUUUUUUUUAUUAUUAUUAUUAUUUCUCUCAAAUAAUGUGCAUCAUGAAGAUGGUAGUUAUUCCUGUUUGGCAUGAUCAAAAAAAAAAAAAACCAGGGUGAAAUUUUUUACUAAAAAUAUUUUUUAUAGUCUUUGGUUGGCGUAAACGUUGUAUAGAUGUUUUGUCUGAUUAGUACAAGAUGCGUAUCCAUUCCUUUAGGGAAGCUGCCAAAUAAAUGAAAAAAAAAAAGAUGAGAUUUUUAAUUUGCUUAGAAAAAAAGGAGAUUCAAUGUAACACAACCUCAGGUUUUUGUACUGCUACGAUCAUACCUUGCUUGUAUGGUUUCUCUGGAUCGUGGAUCUCUCUGGUUGUUGCCGAAGGAAUCACUCCACUUAAAGACUCUGAAAUAAACAGAAUGCAUUUGAAUGGGAC